UUGUUUUUCAGGACGUAUUUCUACGAGGGAGAAGAAGUAUGUGACCGGAAUCGCGACAUUUUCAAAGAGACCGUCGAUGCCGUGGCCAAGGUGACUCAGGGCGAAGGCUUCGCCGCCAUAAAGGUUACCGCUCUAGGGAGGCCGACGCUAUUGUUGAAACUUUCAGAAUCAAUUGCUCAAACCCACAACUUUUUCAAAACAUUGACCGGUACGCAGAAGAUUCAGUUCUCUCGUCUCAGUGAGGAAGAUCUCGUCAAAAAGCUUCAAGCGAGUCUCUUCAAAAAUAUGGUUCGUCGCCUGAUCGACAUUGCCGAGCACUCUAUCAAUAAAGGAUCGUUCAUUCAUUUUAGGUACAACCGAGAGCGUGGAAACAUUUUUAACACGUAUCAGGCCUAUCUUCGAAAUGCGUUGGAUUGCUUGGAAUGUGACAUGCAGCUGGCAGAAAGAGAGAAGGAUGGCAUUUUCGUUUUGAAGCUCGAGCGGAAACGAGCAGCCACUAUCGGCUACCCGGAUCCUAUCAAUCCAGACUUUGAGGCGACUACAAACAUGUACCACGCUUGUUUGAAACGAGUAGCUGAAGAGAAUGUGCGUCGCGGAAAAGGCGCCGUUUCCGUCAUGAUUGCCAGUCACAACGAGGACAGUGUCAGAUUUGCUGUCAACCUCAUGAAGGACCAUGGAAUCGCUCCUAGCGAAAGAAUUAUGUGCUUCGCACAACUCUAUGGAAUGUGUGAU